AUGAUCGACAGGACCUACAAGAAGAGGAAAACCGGAACCCUGAAGGAGGCUCAGUCCGCUCUGGUGCAAAUGUGUGGUGGACCGGCUGCAGCAGCAGAGUUUUGUCGUGUAACCAGCACUACACUCUUCAACUACACCGACGACAGUGCCACCAAUUCCAGCAAGAACAUGCCCGUCGACAUCGUGACGGAACUUGAAACGCAUGCAGAGUUUCCAGCUGUAACGGAAUAUCUGGCAGAUCAGUCCGGUUACAUCAUGUACAAGGUCGAUUUCACGGACAGAAAGUCCCAGCUUCAUAUCGACAUCAUCGAAACCGGAGAGGAAGUCUCCAAGCUGUUCCGGGACUGGGCGCAAUUUAUCGCGGAUGGUGUGAUCGACAAGUCGGAAGCCCGCAAGCUCCUCAAGAUCAACCAGGAUGUGGUCAGGACACUGAUGCGCAUGAGGUCAGACCUGAUUUCCCAGAUCGAUGAUCCGGACAUUCCGGACGGGACGCCCUGA